GUGGCCCACUGAAACCCGUACAAAAAUUUGUACAAAUGGAUUCUGCAGGAGAUGAUUUCACUUCUAGCGCCACGGAGAAUCACUUGGAUGGUCCAGACAGCAGCACACAAGUUGCUGACAUAAAAAUGAAAGUGAAUGAGAAUGGUGACAUGAGCAACCACAUUGAACAGAAAAAACAAAACGGUCAUGCUUCACCGAAGGAGAGUUCAUCUAAAGAUUCAAAACAUCACAGUUCCAAACACCACCAUUCCUCGUCCAAACAUAAAGAUGGAAGCUCGUCCAGCUCAAAGCACCACUCCAGCUCCAGCAGCAAACACGGAAGUUCAAGCUCCAGUAAACAUGGCAGUUCUCAUCAUUCCUCAAGUUCAAGCAAGCACAGUUCAAGCUCAUCCAGCAAGCACAAGGAUGGGAGCUCCUCAUCGAGUAAACAUGGGAGCUCAUCAUCUAGCAAGCACAAAGAUGGAAGCUCUUCCAGCAAACACAGAGAUGGGCACCAUUCCAGUUCAUCAAGCAGCAAACAUAGAGAUGGCUCCAGCCACAGUAGUAGCAAGCACAGUAGUAGCAAGCAUAGUUCUAGCCACAGUAGUAGCAAGCAUAGUUCAAGCCACAGUAGCAAACAUAAGGAAGGCUCGAGCAGCGGUAAACACAGCUCCUCAGGUAGUCAUUCCAAAGACAAACAUAGCUCCUCAAGUAAACACAAGGAGCACUCCAGCAGCAAAACUUUGGAGAAGCAGCCAGAGGUUGAGUUGGAAGCCUCACCUCCUAAGCAUGUUAAAAAUGAGCCCCAGUCACCUGUUAAGAAGGAACCAGAAUCCCCAAAGAAAUCUCCAAUUAAGACAUCACCUGACAAAUCUGUUAAAGAUGAGCCUAUGAGUGAUGAUGAUGUCCCUCUGUCUAAAAGAAUGGAGAAAACACCCAAAUCUGCACCAAAGAGGGCGCUAGAAGAAUCGGAUGAUGACGACGAACCUCUGUCUUCUAGGAUGAAGAAGGUUAAAAAAGAGAACAAGCAAGACAAAACGAUAAAAGAGGAAAAGCCUGCGAAAAAGAGAAAAUCAGAACCUGAAGAAUCUGAUGAGGAAAAACCAGUGAAAAAGAAGAAGAAGGAAAAGGUUGUGCCAAAGCAGUCCCCACAGAAGUCGCCACAGAAAGGCAAGAAGAAAGAGGAAGAAACACAAGAAGUUUGGAGAUGGUGGGAAGAGGAGCGACGCGAUGAUGGACAAAAGUGGAAUUUCCUGGAACACAAGGGACCAGUAUUUGCCCCCGACUAUGAGCCUGUGCCAAGUGAUGUCAAAUUUUACUAUGAUGGUAAGGUGAUGAAGCUGAGCCCUGAGGCAGAAGAAGUGGCAACUUUUUAUGCUAGAAUGUUGGACCAUGACUAUACCACGAGAGAAGUCUUCAAUAAAAAUUUCAUGAAAGAUUGGAGAAAGAUGAUGACUUCAGAGGAAAAAGAGAAGAUAAAAGACUUAUCCAAAUGCAAUUUUACUGAGAUGGACAAAUACUUCAAAAUGAAAACAGAGGAACGUAAAGCUAUGACAAAGGAAGAAAAACUGAAAAUCAAAAAUAAGAAUGCAGAAAUUCAAGAGGAGUAUGGGUUUUGUACCAUGGAUGGCCACAAGGAAAAGAUUGGAAACUUCCGUAUUGAGCCUCCGGGACUGUUCCGAGGACGGGGUGAUCAUCCCAAGCAAGGCAUGCUGAAGCGCAGGACAAUGCCUGAAGACGUUAUCAUUAAUUGUUCAAAGAAUUCUGUUGUUCCCGAGCCACCUGAAGGUCACAAAUGGAAAGAAGUGCGUCAUGACAAUAAGGUGUCAUGGCUGGCAUGCUGGAACGAAAAUGUACAAGGCCAGACCAAGUAUGUGAUGUUAAAUGCUGCCUCCAGACUCAAGGGAGAGAAAGAUUGGCAGAAGUAUGAAACUGCAAGGAAGUUACACAAAUGUGUAGACAAGAUUCGCCAUAACUACAUGGAGGACUGGAAGUCAAAAGAAAUGAGGAUUCGACAGAGGGCUGUAGCCAUGUACUUCAUUGACAAACUUGCUUUGAGAGCUGGCAACGAGAAAGAGGAAGGAGAAACUGCGGACACUGUUGGUUGUUGUUCGUUGCGAGUAGAACAUCUCAAGACCCAUGAGAAGUAUGAAGAUCAGGAGAAUGUGGUUGAGUUUGACUUCUUAGGUAAAGAUUCCAUCCGAUAUUAUAACCGUGUACCAGUAGAGAAGAGGGUUUUCAAGAACUUGCAGCUUUUUAUGGACAACAAACAGCCAGGGGAUGACCUUUUUGAUAGACUUAAUACUACCAUCCUGAACAAACAUUUACAUGACCUCAUGGACGGACUGACAGCCAAAGUGUUCCGUACCUUCAACGCCUCUCGAACACUUCAGGAACAACUUCUCCUUUUGACAGAAGAAGAGGACCCAGUACCAGCCAAGUUACUUUCCUACAAUCGAGCUAACAGAGCCGUGGCUGUACUCUGUAACCAUCAACGUGCUGUACCAAAAAAUUUCUCCAAACAGAUGGAAAACCUGCAGAACAAGAUUGAUGCCAAGAAGGACUCUAUACGUGAGGCGAAAAAGCAGCUGAAGAUAGCCAAGACAAACUUCAAGGCUGCCAAAUCAGAAAAGAACAAGAAGGUGAUGGAAUUGAAGAAGAAGGGUGUUGCCAGACUUGAAGAUCAGCUCGUCAAACUGGAGGUGCAAGCAACUGACAAGGAUGAAAAUAAGGAAAUAGCAUUGGGUACCUCCAAGUUGAACUAUUUGGAUCCAAGAAUAUCCAUUGCCUGGUGCAAAAAGUGGGAGGUUCCUAUAGAGAAAAUCUACAACAAAACUCAACGUGAAAAAUUCAGAUGGGCCAUAGACAUGGCUGACGAGGACUUUGUGUUUUAACGUUUCACUUCACCAUAGAAAGCCAUUGUGAACAUGUUAUAUUCUGAUUUCUUGUCUUGAUGUCUUCAGAGAUAUUAUGUCUAUAUGAUAGGGAGAAAGUAAUACUUUAGUGUUCUCUGACCAGUCAUUUUAAUGUACUCAUGUACUUAUGUUUUUCCUAUUUAUUAAAUUGUGAGGAUGUAAAAUACUUAAGGCUUUUUUUAAAAAGUCCAAUGAAAUACAUACAUGUUAUCUUGAUAUUUUGGAAGUAUUGUUGUCAUCUUCAUAUCACUAUGCUAAACCUGAUACAGAAAACAUUUUAUUCUGAAUUUCAAGUAUGCAUUCACAUUUAAUUGCUUUUUUUUUUUAAUUAUUUAAAAUGUUUUAGAUUUGUUUAAUAAUACAAAAUUUGUUUAAUAUCAUUAAAUUCACUGAAUUGAGUUUUGUAUAUAUAUGUACAAUCAGGAUAUAAUUUAUGUAAAAAACACCACCUGCCUUGUAGCAGUAAAAGCAAUUGUAACCUUCAGAAUCUCUAGCCUGUCUCAGAGUGUAAAUCAAACUUUAUAUUCUUAACCUUACCUUUGAAAAGGAAUAAUUUAUAUUUCAUAAUGUGUUUUAUGCCAAGCAUAUUAAUCACUGUAUCAAUGUGAAAGCUGAACUUGUUAAACCACCUUUUAAAGCUUAUUAGUAGUUGUUAAAUAUUGAUUACUGUCAGUAUUGCUUUAAAAAUAGAAGUGAUUGAUAUAAAAUAAUAGGAUUCAGUUGUAUAGAUUUAAAGAUCCCUAAUCAUCCCAGAAUAGUACAUUGAAUGGUACAUUUUAUUGUAAUAUUAAAGUGUUAAAGGAGGGUAAGUCUUAGAUAUGAAAUAUAUGUGUGGUAAAGUUUGGAUUUCAAAUAUCUAAAUUUACCUAUAAUUUGUUUUUUCCAGAAUCAGGUUGCCUCAUUCUUGUUAAAUGUUGGAUGUGGUGUAUACACGGAUGAAAUAUUGAUUCUUUGAUAUUAUAUGGAAACAACAUUCAAAACUGAUGGUUUUCAUUACAUUAGAAACAUGACAUGUAAAGAUAUUAUGUAGUUUGACACAUUGUUAGCAUUUUCUGUUUCAGAAGAGUGUUUGUAGGAAAUUGACAAGUGUGAUGAAAUAUUAUAAACAAAUCAAUAUAGAUGGCAGGCUUGUAUGUUCUGUUGUACAUCUUCUGUUUCUAGCUAAAACACACAGGUGUAUUAAGAAUCCUAACUAUACAAUUAGAUUUCUGUGGAAGGUAAAGGUAUAUGUCAAGAUAUGUGGCUCUCAGGUUUUUCACACUAGUUAUCAUCCAGAACUUAAAACCAAUCGGACCUGCAUGAAUUUUAUGUGAAUUGCUUUAGAGCUAGCAAAUUCACCAGGGUAGGCAGAUUGGGUGGAUUGUGCAGUUUGCUGGAUUUCUUACUAUCCGAGUUGUUUUAAGACUGACAAACUCAUCAGAGUGACAUAUCUCGUAAAGAUUGUAUUGUGAAGUAAAUCAUAUAUAUUUCCAUUGGUAAUGUCCAUGUUUUAAUAGUUUCCACUGAUAAACAUUGAAGUAAAUUUUGGGUGUCUGUGUCAAUAUGUGAAUUGUAAGGUUGUUGUAGUAUAUUAUGGUUAAAAGCUGGAACAUGUCUGAUACUUGUUACCAAUUAGCUGCAUUGUUACACGCCUGAUGCUUCUGUUGCCUAUUACAAUGAUGCACAAAUGUUUUUAUGAUGUUAAACUUUUUGUUAAAAGUAGAUUGUACAAGUUGUUUUGAGUCUUCAAACAAUAGUCAGUGAUGCCUUUUUGUUAGAUGUUUUCUGUACAGCACUACAUGAAUUUUAUGUUUUUAUUUUGAAUGGUCUUCUGUUUUAAAUCAGGACCAUUGGUAACAUGUUUCGAAGAACAAGAACUAUAUCCAUUACUGUCAGGGUUUAAAUAUCACAGAUGUUAAAUUUAGACUACUUGUAUUGAAAUUUUAUUAUAAUGAAAUCAAUUUUUCUUAUUUGAUUAUGAAGAAAAUAGAAAUGCAGUUUUUAUCAAUAACUUUUAUUUAUCAAAUCUUACCUUUAUUACAUGAUUGUCAAGCCCCGCUCAAAAGCUCCUAAGUCCAGGACAUGCAUCCAUUAUUUUUACUGCAGGAAAAUUUAGGUACACUUGUUUUCUGUCACAAUGUUUUACCCCUCUGUGGAGGUUUUUAAUGUGAUACAUAACUAUUAUGUGAUGUCAGCUGUUGUUUCAAUAGAUUGGGCCACACUGGCCAAGCUUGGUCACACAUGGGGAGGAAAUAAAUGUAUUUUUCUAAAACUUGUUGUGUUACAAGAACUUUCAACAGAGAUAUUGAUAAACUAAUCCUGCUGGGUCCUAUCUGAUUUUGUCUCCACUACCCAGACUAGAAUGAACAUGUUAUUUACAUAUGGUUUUGUAUCUUUACUAGUUAAUGACUUUCUGUAAUUGGACAAAAACAAGUAAUUUGAUGUGACCAUAUAACACAUUUUCUACAAUAUGUGAUGACAGUUUCAAUUCUGAGAGGGUGAGGAAAAUGUCUAAACUUGCUGGUUUUGUUGUCAAAUGUCUGAAAUUAUGAAUGUUUGAAAAAGUAUAUUAAUAGAUCCAAGAUAUGUUUACUUGAUUACAUUUUAGAAAGUUUUAAUUUGGAAACGUGCAGAUGUAGUCCUAUUGUAAUCAUUAUAUUUUCUCCUUUCUCAUUGUAAACAAAAGUUUUAAAGUUGAAUUUGUUUCAAAUUGAAUUAACCAUGUAACAAAGUGUCUUCGACAUCUUCAGUAUAACAUAUGCUUUUUAUUUUCUUAAAUAGAUGCAAUAAAUGUAUGAAAUGCAUAACUUUGAAAACAAACUUGAAUUAUCUCCCUUGGACUGUAAGCCGAUAUUCUCAGGUUACUGCCCUCCCUAAUACAUACACAGACCUAUGUGACCAAGCACAUGUUUUACAUGUAGUCGUGAGGACGUGAAUAAAAUCAUUGAACUAUUA